UGGAAACUUUUCUGAAUAUGUGUUGUAGCAUCUUUGGACAACCCUUGAGGUGUGGCCUGAAUUUUUUGAAUUACCAUUUCCUCACUUCCCCUAUUUGAAAAAAACAAAAAACAAAACUUGUGGUCUUUAAUCAUUUACAGUUGGCAGAUUUUAUGGCUUAAAAAGGGCCAUCUCUUCAUUUUCUGAACUGGAGUUAUUCACUCUCACCUUUGGCGCGUGGCCUUAGCUGUUUACUUUGUCUUGUUUUGUUCAUCAACAUUGGGCUUAGUGCCUCGGCAACUUGAUGCAUAUGGAAGACCAACAUCAAGUGAUCUGACAUAAUACAAAUGCACGUUUGAUAUCAAGCAAAGUUGAAAAUUUCAAAGAAAAGUGGUGAAAUCUGCUAGUCAGAGUGAAGAUGGGAGAAAAUGACAUACCUGCAGCAGAAGUUGGCUAAAAAAAUCCUCUUCUCUGCCCAAUCAGCAAUGCCACUUGUACUUGGGAAAAUACUUUAGAAAAAGGAAGAACCAAAGCUAUGACUUGGUUUUCUGAAACUGAUGCAUAAAUUCACUUUUCCUCCAUUUGUCUGGAUGUGACAACCUGCGUUUGGUAUUAGCUAGUGGAAGCAGUAUGUAUGGCCGAAGUGCAUUGCUGCAGCUGGUAGCAUGAGAGGUGGCCACCAGCUGCAGCUGGCUGCCCUCUGGCCCUGGCUGCUGAUGGCUACCCUGCAGGCAGGCUUUGGACGCACAGGACUAGUACUGGCAGCAGCGGUGGAGUCUGAAAGAUCAGCAGAGCAGAAAGCUAUUAUCAGAGUGAUCCCCUUGAAAAUGGACCCCACAGGAAAACUGAACCUCACUUUGGAAGGUGUAUUCGCUGGUGUGGCAGAAAUAACUCCAGCAGAAGGAAAAUUAAUGCAGUCCCAUCCCCUGUACCUGUGCAAUGCCAGUGAUGACGACAAUCUGGAGCCUGGAUUCAUCAGCAUUGUCAAGCUGGAGAGUCCCCGACGGGCCCCUCGCCCCUGCCUGUCACUAGCCAGCAAGGCCCGGAUGGCGGGUGAGCGAGGAGCCAGUGCUGUCCUCUUUGACAUCACUGAGGAUCGAGCUGCUGCUGAGCAGCUACAGCAGCCCCUGGGGCUGACUUGGCCAGUAGUGCUGAUCUGGGGUAAUGAUGCGGAGAAGCUGAUGGAGUUUGUUUACAAGAACCAGAAGGCUCAUGUGAGAAUUGAGCUAAAAGAGCCCCCAGCCUGGCCAGAUUAUGAUGUGUGGAUCCUCUUGACGGUGGUGGGCACCAUUUUUGUGGUCAUCCUGGCUUCAGUGCUUCGUGUCCGGUGCCACCCCCACCGCAGCAGGCCGGACCCUCUUCAGCAGCGAACAGCCUGGGCUAUCAGCCAGCUAGCCACCAGGAGGUACCGGGCCAGCUGCAGGAGGGCUCGGGCUGAGCAGAUUGACUCAGGCAGUAGCUGCAGCUCUGCCCCUGUGUGUGCCAUCUGCCUGGAGGAAUUCUCUGAAGGGCAGGAGCUGCGGGUUAUUUCCUGCCUCCAUGAGUUCCAUCGUACUUGUGUGGAUCCCUGGCUACAUCAGCAUCGGACUUGUCCCCUCUGCAUGUUCAACAUCAUAGAGGGAGAUUCAUUCUCCCAGGGACCCUCUCAAACUUACCAGGAACCAGGCAGGAGACUCCACCUUAUUCGCCAGCAUCCUGGCCAUGCCCACUACCACCUCCCUUCUGCCUACCUACUGGGACCUUCCCGGAAUUCAGUGGCUCGGCCUCCACGACCCAGACCUUUCCUCCCAUCCCAGGAGCCAGGCAUGGGCCCUCGGAACCAGCGCCUCUCCAGAGCUGCACAUCUUCAGGGUUCAGGCGAGCAGCAGCACGUGGCAGUGGCCCAGCACCCUUAUGCACAGGGCUUGAGACUGAGUCGCCUCCGAUGUACCUCUCAGCACCCCACAGCUUGCUCAGUGCCCCUGCGCCGGGCCAGGCCUCAUGACAGCAGCGGGUCUGGAGAAAGUUACUGCACAGAACGCAGUGGCUACCUGGCAGAUGGGCCAGCCAGUGACUCCAGCUCUGGGCCCUGUCAUGGCUCUUCCAGUGACUCAGUGGUCAACUGCACAGACAUCAGUCUGCAGGGCAUCCAUGGCAGCAGUUCCACCUUCCGCAGCUCCCUGAGCAGUGACUUUGACCCUUUGGUAUACUGUGGCCCACAGGGGGAUCUCCAGGGGAAGGGGAUGCAACCUCGUGUGACCUCUCGACCCCGUUCCUUGGACUCAGUGGUACCAACAGGGGAAACCCAGGUUUCCAGCCAUGUCCACUACCAUCGGCACCGGCACCACCACUACAAAAAGCGGUUCCAGUGGCAUGGCAGGAAGCCUAGCCCAGAAACUGGGGUCCCCCAGUCCAGCUCUUCUGUUUCUUGGACACAGCCUAAGCUGGAGCCACUUUUUCCUGAUCAGCAAGUCACUGGACCUAAUCCAGCAGCCCCUUCAGGACAGCUUCUCGACUCACAACGGCCCAGGGCCCUUACAGAGCCAGCUCCUGGUCCAGCUGAAGCCACCAGUCCUAGCCCCAGUCCCAGCAAUCUUUUCAAUUUACAGAAAUCCAGCCUCCCUGUCCGACAUCCACAGAGAAAACGGCAGGGUGGUCCCUCAGAACCCAGGCCUGCCUCUCGGCCCCAGGACUUGACUGUGCACCCAUCUUGCCAGAUUUUCCCUCAUUACAGCACCAACCUGGCAUACCCUUGGCCUCUUGAGGCCUACCCAUUGAUCUUCAGACCUCCAGGCUUGGAUAGGAGAUUGCUAUCAGAAGCUCCAGGCUCCUGUUACCCAAGUUCACAGCCAGUAUGGUUGUGUCUGACUCCACGCCGGCCCCUAGGACCACCCCUUCCUGGGGAGGGGCAUUCUGAAUGGAGUCCUGACACCCCAGAGGGCAGGCCAUGCCCUUAUUCACACUGCCAGGUGCUGCCAGCCCAGCCUGGCUCAGAAGAAGAGCUUGAAGAGUUGUGUGAACAGGCUGUGUGAGAAAUUCAGUCCUAGCUCCAACCAAGAGUGUGCUCUGGAUGACUCAGAGCCCUACCUGACACAGAGUCCUGUUCCUGGGAGAAGAAAGGACCUCAGCAAACACCCUCUUUUUGCCAUACUUCCUGGAAUCACUGGAAGAAAAGUGGUGAUGGUGGGUGGUGGGAGAUGCUAUUUACUGCUCCCAGCUCCAGACCUUGUCUGCAGAACACAGCUGCAGUGCUGCAAUUCUGUGUCCAACCAGGCAACCAGCUUCUUGCCUUCCUGAAUCCAGCUUCUUGGAUCCCUGAAAGCAAGUUUUUGAGGGCAGGAAGCUAGGUGUUAUAAAGGUGCUGCUCUUUCCCCCAGCCCUCCUAGGCGUCUCUUGCCUAGGCCUCAUGUUCAUACCAGCCAAUGGGUUUGGCUGAGUACACGACCCUUCUCAUGUCCUUCCUUGGGUAAGCUCUGCAUAGUAGCUUUGGCUCUGCCCUGGUAAGGCUGCUGCAUCAGGCAACCCCAGCUGUAUCAUUUUUUUGGGCUGACCCCCCUAAAA